UCAAUCUUUUCUUCACCAUCCAGCAACCAACUCCAGAAGCCUCACUCUCAACAGUUCAUUUACAACAAUCUCCUGCUCUUUUAGAACAGCCCAAUUCUAUUCAAAAUGCAGUUCUCUCUGAUCACCCUCGCCAGCAUCUUUGCUGUUGCCGUUUCUGCCAACCCUACCAACGGCGGUGGCUCUUACAACGCCUGCCCUGUCGGCCUCUACUCCGUCCCGCAAUGCUGUGCCACCGACGUCCUGGGAGUUGCUGACCUCAACUGCGGCUCUCCCUCCGCCGCUUUUAACAGCGCCAGCAGCUUCAAAUCUGUCUGUGCCCGAGGUGGCCAACGCGCACGCUGCUGCGUUGUCCCAGUUCUUGGCCAGGCCGUUCUCUGCCAGACUCCUCCUGGCCUCGGCGAGCAGUAAACGCCUUAUCAAAACUUGUGAUAUGAUAGUGGAUGUAUAAUGGAGUUAGUGUUGGCGGAAGGAGUCUUUUAUAGUGUUGUGCAUCAUGGUCCUAGGGCUACAGACAAAGAGACUCGCUGUAUAUAGCUCUAGCCUAGACAUGAAGGCUUCAAAACCUUUAUGUGACAAAAAUGACAUACAGUACCCCUAUGGUCACAGCCUUCAAAUUGUUAAGAUAAUUGGGUGACGUUAAAGUAUGUUAGGAGGUUUAAU